CUCCUUUUGAGAGUUGUCAAUGUCUAGGCGACCUCAAGUCUCUCCUCCCACUAGAUUUGACUAUGUAGUUACUUCAGUCGGCUAUUUGGGUGAGUUCUAGGUGUAAAUAUGUGUUUUAUCAGUAGAAAUAUAUAUUGUUUGUAAAAAAUUAAAUAAAUAAAUACAUAACCACCGCCGGAAAGUUCUAUCGACUCCCCACAUCCGCGGUCCGCCACACUAAUGAACGUCCACCGCCGCGUUCUCCCUCUAGCCACCGUCGUCGGCCAUCGUCUUAGGCCCCUCUCGAGGCAACCAGCCUUCUCAAUUCCAAUUCCCCAACUUCUGAAGCCAAACCCUCCGCAGCCACCUACGCUGCCCACUCAAAACCCUAGCUCCGCCUCACCGGAAUUCACUCACAUUUCUAAGAUCCUUUCCAACCCGUCCCUGCGAGCCGACUCGGAACUGGAAGAGGCUUUAGCUGCUUCACGAAUCAAUCCUAGCCCCAAUCUUCUGCUCGAGAUUUUUGACCAUUUUAAUUCCACUCCAAAACCCUUGUUCACGCUUUUCAAUUGGGCGCGUAAUCAGCCCGAUUACCAAUUCUCCAUUGCGGUCUUCAAUGCCAUGGUUAAUUCUUUAGCCAGAGCUCGAGAGUUCGACUCAGCUUGGACCCUAAUCCUCGGUCAAAUCAAUGGAGACCCGAACAAGAGGCCCGAUCUCGACACUUUUCGUAUCAUGAUCAGGAGAUAUACGCGUGCAGGUCUCACUUCAGCAGCCAUUCGAACAUUCGUAUACGCUUGUGAUCUGGAGCUUUUUCGAGAUUUAUCAGCGGCAGAAAAUAAUUUACUCCAGACCCUAUUAGACACUUUAUGCACAGAAGGGAACGUUAGAGUAGCCGCACGCUAUUGUGAAAAUUACAAGGCAACAAGAAAUCCAAACUGGUCACCAUCUAUUGAAAUAUACAACAUACUACUAAACGGAUGGUUCAGAUCAAGAAAACUUAAAAAUGCCGAGCGCCUCUGGAAGCAGAUGAAGGUUGAAAACGUAAAACCAACAGUGGUAACAUACGGAACCUUAGUUGAAGGCUUGUGCCAAGCGGGCCGUGUUGACAUGGCAAUGGGGUUAUUGAAUGAAAUGAAAACAGAAGGAGUUAAACCAAAUGCAAUUGUGUACAAUUCAAUAAUCGACGCAUUAGGAGAAGCUGGGAGGUUCAAAGAGGCACUUGGAAUGCUCGAGAGAUUCUCGAUUCUGGAAGUUGGCCCCACCAUAUCCACUUAUAAUUCUCUGGUGAAGGGUUUCUGCAAAUCGGGGGAUAUGGCGGGGGCCAGCCGGGUGGUUAAAAUGAUGAUUGACGACAAGUUUUUACCGAGUGCCACAACUUAUAGCUACUUCUUCAAGCGCUUUGCGAGAUUUGGGAAAACUGAAGCGGGCCUGAAUUUAUACAAUAAAUUGAUCAAAUCUGGUUAUGAGCUCGAUCGGCUCACGUACCAUCUUUUAAUAAAAAUGUUGUGCGAAGAAGGGAAAUUGGACUUAACGGCACAGAUUAUAAAGGAGAUGCAGGCCCACGGGCUUGACUUGGAUUUAGCCACAAGUACAAUGUUGAUCCAGUUAUUGUGGAAAAUGCAUAGAUAUGAUGAGGCGGUUUUUGAGUUUGAGGACAUGUUCCGUAGGGGGAUUGUUCCCCAGCAUCUGACAUAUGUGAGAAUGUGCAAAGAUUUAGAGAGACUGGGAAUGAUGCAGAUGGCAAAAAAGAUCCGUAAUCUGAUGGACUCAGUCCCACGCUCGACAAAGGUGCCUAAUACGUAUCGGGAUUCAAGAGUUGAUUCGCGUGAAAGGAAAAUGUGUAUAAUGAAGAGAGCCGAGUGCAUGUCUAAUGCUUUGAAGGUGUGUAAAAGCCCGAGGGCACUUGUUAGCCAUGGUUAUGGGCCCGAGAGAGAUGUUUCCUGUGCACAGAAGUUGACUGAUAAAAUACAAAGAAAAUUGCGAAUUUGAGGAAAAGCAUUUGGAUAUUCAAGCAAAAAUAAACUAACCCUUGUGUGGGGUGAGGAGAUUGGCGCGGGUCUCCUGGCGCUGACCUGGCGGGUUGUCAUGAGGGGGUCGGGUCUGUGGGUCCGGGUCUUGUUAGCCGUGAGUUGGAGUUUCAAUAUCCGUAUGUUGGGUCGUUGACCUGUUCCUGUUUUCUUGGGUGGUACAGCGUCUUUUGGUUUGAGGGGUGGAGGAUCGGUUCAGUUGUCCGGCCGAGGGGAGGGUGUUAUUCUAGCUAUUAGUUUUUGCUUUGUAGUUUCUUUUGUCCUAAUUAGGAGCGAGAAUUCUUCACUAGUGGGAGCUUGUGUUUAGUUGGGUAGUUUGUGGGUGAGUUGUGUUAGUUUGUGUAAUUUCUAA